CAAGCACAUGUACACACUCUCUCUUUCUUCUCUGACUUGAUUCUUGUCUUACAAGUCUUCAGUCUUUGACCUUAGCACUGCUCUGAGCACGAGCAUCUACUGUGAAGCACCCGGUCAUCCAGCAGAUACAUUGCAUACCGCAUCCUACACACCUUACCACACCAGCAACUCUUGUCCCAGACAAGCCAAGCUCAGCCCUUGGACCAGGAGACACAGACCCGUCUCUCUAACCCUCUGUCCCGAAGGUACAACCUCUUCGUGGACACCAGCACCAUGCGUCAGGAGCGUCUCAACGACGCCGCGAUUGCCCUCCACACGGCCCUAUCCAGCGCGGGCGUCAAAUACGGUCAUUUCGGCGGCUACGCCUGCACCCUGCUCGGCAGCCGACGCGAGACGAGUGACAUCGACUGCCUGGUGUCCGCGACCAAGCCCGAGAUCCUCGCUCUGGUGGACGGCGUCAGCAACUUCACCGUGAUCCCCCGCAACCGCGAGGAUUACGUCGCUUUGGUCUGGAGUGACAGCGCCAACCAGGGCGAACCGGUGCUGAUCGAGAUCUUCUGCGAGCGCUUCCGAGGCUCGCACUACACCAUGUGCCACUGCUACCCGCGCCUCACCCUCGUGCGCGGCGAACGCAUGGGCGUGGGCCUGGUGCAGCACCUGCCGGCCUUCGCCAUCUUCAAGGGCAAGCUGCGCGCGGCCGCCACCCGCAGCGAGCCCCACGACGUCUUCGACCUGUGGUGGCUGGCCGGCCGCUUCCAGACGGUCUACAACCACGCCCGCCUCCUCAACCUCGACUACGUCGGCUUCGCCAUCAAGCGCUACCCGGGGCUGGAGCUGCUGUUCUUCCUGCUGAGGCUGGACGUCGUCGCCGCCGCCGCGCGGGUGCAGGACGUCGAGCUCAACCAGCUUCCGCUGUCGGGACCGGGGGAUAUCCAGCGUGGACUGUUGCUUUGAGUAAGUCGCGUGUGGAAAAGCAACUGAUGAUCUGUUUUCUUUCGUGGGUUUGUGGUCUAGCGGUUGAAAGCUGAGGUGUAAUUCGAUGGAUGGGUGAGAAGUCGGGAUUCAGGAGACAUGUAUC